ACUAAAUGGAACCUUGAGCAAGGACCAAGUCUUACCGAAUCAGAUAGUAUGUAGGCUACUUAGGUAGUAAUAACAAUGACUAAAAACUGACCUGAUAUUCAUAGAUUCUCCAUUAUCUGAUCCCCACUACUCUUCAAUUUGCUCACUCCGCCAACUCCAACAGCCAAACAUGUUUACGAACAAACAACAAUCCUAACGAUAUCCCACACCCACUUCUCCAUCUCUCCACCCUUCUUUCCCGAUUCUCUUCAUCUUCAAUUUCUCCCACAACCUUAGCCUCCCAUCCCAUCCAUACUUGAACAUCCAAAAAAACAAAAAAAUUCAUUUAUUUGAUUCUUUGGCUUUGAUUAGUUCUUGGGAGCUGAACUCUGCGUUCUGGGUCUUGUUCAAAUUCUGGUUUUGGGUGCUAUGGCGCUUGAGUCUUCAAUUCUAAGCCCGCCCAGAUUCAUUUCUGGUUCUGGUUCGAAAUCAUUGUGUUUCUUGUAUUACCAUAAGCAGAAAAAUUUCCCCACCAAGGUUUUGGUGCAAAAUAAUCGAUACCCAUUUCGAUUGGUGUUGAAUUGGAUUGACACUAGCGAUUUUGGGAGGUUCUUAGGUCCAAGAUGCGAGGGAGUCGACUUGUUUGCGAAUAGAGCUUGUUUGAGAGCUGUAGGUAAAGAUAGUGAGAGUUCUAGUGGUACAAAUGCUAUUUUGGGUUUGAGUUUUGAUUUUGUGAGGGUAAUGGUGAAGUGUGGAGUUGUUUUAGCGGCUAUGGUUUGUGGGGUUUUGGUGUAUGGGGCUAGGAGAGCUUUUGCUGUGGAGGGUGUGGUCAAUGCAAGCUAUGGGGUUGUUGACAAGUGCAUGUUGAUGUUCAGAAAUGCUUGGCCGAAGACGCUAUGGCCUUGGAAGGUGUGUGAGUUGGCUGAGAAAGAGCCUGAAAAUGGUGUCUUCAGUUUGCUUCGCAAUGAUGUGACUCGGUUCUUGUCAACCAUACUUAUUGGCACAACUGUUGUCAAUAUUAGAGCAACUGCUUUAGUUACAGAGGCUGCAACAGCGAUAUUUGGUGAAGCUGGUGUUUGUGCAGCAACUGGAGUAAUGACUGUUCUUAUUUUGCUCCUCACUGAAAUAACUCCCAAAAGUGUUUCUGUUCACAAUCCCACAGAAGUUGCUAGGUUUGUGGUUAGGCCGGUGGCUUGGCUUUCAUUGGUACUAUAUCCUGUCGGAAGAGUUGGUACAUACCUAUCAAUGGGGAUGCUGAAAAUUCUAGGGUUGAAAGGAAGAAGUGAACCAUAUGUUACUGAAGAGGAGUUAAAACUGAUGUUGCGAGCGGCAGAGUUAAGUGGGGCAAUAGAGGAGGAAGAACAGGAUAUGAUUGAAAAUGUGUUGGAGAUUAAAGAUACGCAUGUUAGAGAGGUGAUGACACCUCUUGUAGAUGUAGUUGCAAUUGAUGCCAGUGCAACGCUAAUUGAUUUUCACGACUUGUGGGUGACUCAUCAAUAUUCUAGGGUGCCUGUUUUUGAGCAGCGUGUUGAUAACAUAGUAGGCAUUGCAUAUGCAAUGGAUCUCCUGGAUUAUGUUCAGAAGUGGAGAAUUUUAUUCUCUACACACAUGGGUAGUAUGAUUCAUUUUGCAGAUUCAAUGUCAGUCUGGAAUCUUAUUAGAGAAUUCCGCAUUUGGAAGGUUCACAUGACUGUGGUUCUCAAUGAAUAUGGUGGAACUGUAGGGAUAAUUACCCUACAAGAUGUGGUGGAGGAAAUUGUUGGUAAAAUAUUUGAUGAAAAUGAUUCCAAGGAGGUGAUUCAGAAAAAAGGGUACAUCGUAAUGCGUGCAGAGGGAGUAUUUGAUGUGGAUGCAAACACAUCUAUAGACCAGCUCUCUGAAGAUCUAAAUGUGAAAAUGCCUGAGGUGCGUGAGUUAGCUGAGAAAGAGCCUGAAAAUGGCGUCUUCGGAUUGCUUCGCAAUGAUGUGACUCGGUUCUUGGCAACCAUACUUGUUGGCACAACUGUUGUCAAUAUUGGAGCAACUGCUUUAGUUACAGAGGCUGCAACAGCGAUAUUUGGUGAAGCUGGUGUUAGUGCAGCAACUGGAGUAAUGACUGUUCUUAUUUUGCUCCUCACGAAAAUAACUCCCAAAAGUGGUGCUGUUCACAAUCCCACAGAAGUUGCUAGGUUUGUGUGAAAGAAACCUUGAGGCUACAUCCAGUGGCACCAUUGUUGCUUCCUCAUGCAUCUACUGAAGAUUGUACCGUUAAUGGCCUCUACAUACCCAAAAAAUAGCUCAUUGUUAUAAACGUCUGGGCAAUCAGGACAGACAACAAUGCUUGGAUGAAUGCAGACGAAUUCUACCCAAAAGGUUUGCAGGGAGUAGUAUAGACCUGAGGGGAAGCCACUUUCAGCUUAUUCCAUUUGGGUCGGGUCGCAGACUUUGCCCUGGAUUUCAAUUGGGGCUAGUUGUGGUCAAGCUAGUAUUGGCACAACUUCUGCAUUGUUUCGGUUGGGAACUUCCAGAUGGUUUGUUACCAAGUUGGACUUGACCGAGGAGUUUGGUCUAACUGUUCCACGAGCCGAGCAUCUGCUGGCUGUUCCUUCUUAUCGCCUACACAAAUAAGAACAUAUCAUUGAUCAUCAUAAUCAUAUCAAAAGGUUUAUGUACUGUUUAAUUUCAUGUUUCAAUAGUUUUUGGACAAUUACAGGUUUGAUGUUUACUAUAGCUAAUAUAACUUGUAGGUGGACAUAAGCCUGUGCUGGUCAGAUUAAUAGGUCUUACCAACUACCAAAAGCAAAAUCUUUGGUACAGUACGUUAUUUUCAGUAUUUACCCAAUUUGUAAUUAAUUCCAGAUUAUAAUAAAUAAUGUAUUCAAACAUG